ACCCGGGCGACAUCACUUCCUGUUUGAGUUCCCAUGCGUGUUUUGUGGUUUUUCUGGAGGCCAACACGUUCCUGUCGCGUUUCAAUUUGUUGCAGUAAAUCGGAUCAUGGCCAAAGAUAAAUCUUUGAAAUCAGCAUCAAAACUUCCUAAGAAGAAGAAGCUCGGUUCAAAUGCUGACAAUGCUGAUACAGAAGAGACGAUGGAUGCUGAAGUGAAGGGGAAAAGAAGUAAACUGGAGGUAGAGGAGGCUCCCGUACAGAUUCCUCAGGAAACAAUCGCAGAUGAUACAAAACAGAAGAAGGAGAAGAAACGCAAAAAGAAACGAGCGGCAGAGGAAACACAGGCCGAUGAAACUGAGAUUUUGGAUCCACCCAGUCUCCCUGAGCCGACACGUGAGCUGGAGGGUGAGGAGGACCUGAGUCCCGAAGAGAAGCGGGUGCUGGAGAGGAAGAUGAAAAAGAUCCUGAAAAAGGAUGAGAAGAAGAGGCUGAAAGCUGAGGGAGAGACCGAGAAGAAAAGUGAAGCACCUGGACCCACGGCUCCUCAGCAAGCUUUAGAUUACCUCACCUGCUGGGCUGAGAAGCGAGCAGAGUGGAAGUUCCAGAAGACCAGGCAGACGUGGCUACUGCAGCAAAUGUUCGACUCCAACAAGGUAAUAUUCAGCAGUGUGGUUGUUUCUUGA